UCUAAAAAAAUUAAUUUUACGAGAUUGUAACUCAAUCGCUUUGAUUAUUUUCACUUACAAAAGCAACAUCAUGCAAUUAACAGUAUUAACCAUAUUUUUUAUUUUUAUCACGAGUUCUCAAGGUGGACUAAUUCCAAGAGUAGUAGGAGGCAAAGACGCUCCAAUCGGUAAAUAUCCAUUUCAAAUAAUUACCAAAUUUUUGGAUAGAUUUCUCUGCGGUGGAACAAUUAUAAAUGAACGUUACGUUCUCACUGCUGCACAUUGUGUCGAUGGUUUCGAGAUUGCAGUCUAUAAAGUUGUGACUGAAAUUAAUCGUCAAUCAGAUAAUGGCACUGCUUAUCAAGCCGAGAAGUUCAUUAUACAUGAGAAUUACAACAAAAGUCAACAUUUACAUGACAUUGCACUGAUUCGAGUUGCAACAAAUAUUCUCUAUACAAAAUUAGCUCAACCAGUUUCGUUACCAUCUAAAUAUUUCGAAUACAAUGAGGAGGCGACACUUAUUGGUUUCGGAAAAUUAGGCUUUAUUGAACCGGCUGCUAGAACUUUACAGGAACUGAAGUUGGAGAUAUUUCCAAAUUCAAAAUGUAGAUCAAUAAUUCCGUAUGUGAGAAAAACGCACAUUUGUACUUUAACUGAGGAAGGAGAAGGAGCUUGUAAUGGCGAUUCAGGCGGAGCUUUAAUAUCAGAUGGAAAACAAAUCGGCAUCGUAUCAUUUGGAGUUCCCUGCGCACAAGGAGCACCCGACGUCUACACCCGAGUUCAAAGUUACCUGACAUGGAUAAAGAAUAAUACAAAAAUUAUUUAUUAAAUUUUUCUCUAAAUAAUUCACGAUUUUAAUUUAAAUAUAUACAUUUCCUUUGAAA